AUAUAAAGUCACGUUCACCUCUCUCUCCCCCCCCCCCCCAGGCGGAGUACUCGUGUGCUGUGAGCGCCAAGAUUGACGUGCUGGACAAAGUGCUGAGGUCAGAGAAGAUCUCCACCAAGUACUUGGCCUGGCUGGACAUUGGCUACUUCCGGUUACUGAUUAACCCCAAGUUCUACCCAGCCAACAAGACCUACAAGCUAGAAGUUCCUGGUGGAUUCAAUGAGAACACUGUGGCCUUCUCUGAAGUGAAUAAUCCACGCAACGUGCUAGACAACAAGCCGUGGGGCAUCAUACGUCACAACAUGGUGUGGGUGGCGAGUGGGAUCAUUGUGGGCACGCCAAAGGUAAUGUCGCAGUUCGUCAAAGAUUUCCGCGCCGCAAGAUCUGAGCUCCUAGCACAAAACAUGAUGAGCACAGCUCAGCAGAUUCUGGCAGCUCUCUACUCCAAGAAGAUGAAGGCUCAGCCGUCGAUAGGGUACAGUUUGUACUCCUGUAAGGAGGGACAGUUCGGCAUGUACCGGUCAGACAGGGUCUACUUCUGCUUCGGGUUUAAGUGUAAAGAGGCGGCUGAGAUCAGGAGUGUGGGGAAUAAUGGGACGGUGACUAAGAUUCCUGGGUAGUUUUAGAUGACUGUGUGUGUGUG